UGUGUUCCCCUCCGGCAGCGAUACAGUUCACUUUGUAAUGACGAAGAACAGCCAUCAACAAAUCCCUCUCAAGUAAAUCCAUCUUACACCCCUUCCACAAAAACAACAACAAACAACCCAUCCUCACCCAUCCAACCCCUUCCAACCCCUCUUCAAAUCAAAACAACAGCACAGCAAAGCAUCCUCCAUCAACCAUGGACCCCAUCUCCCAGCGCCUCGACCACUGGGUGCGCUUCAUCUCUCGAUCGGCGACAAUCUCGAUAUCCGUGUACCACGGCUACCACGGCGCCCGCAACAGCCUGGUCGACUUCAUCUCCCUCCUCGGCACAAUCUCCCGCACCAUCGUCAACCUCUCCCACUUCGGCAGCAGACUAGAGGUACAGGAUAUCCUCCUGCUCUGGGCUCUGCUCCGUGUGCUCCGCCGUCUGCUCCGCGGUCUGGUCCGCCAUCUGGGCUUUGCACCGCCAGCUCUGCCAGCCUGGCUCCGCCAACUGGGCGCUGCGCCGUCUGCUCGCCCGUUCUCUCUGCCGUUGCCGUCUGCCCCGCCAUUUGGCCCGUCUGCCCUGCCAUCUGGGCCGCCGUCUGCCCUGCCAGCCACCCAGCCCUGGCCUCUUGCGAACUAUCCCCAACGUUUCCCACUUGGGCAGCCGACUGGACAUUAUCCUUUUGCUCCUGUGUCUGCUUCGUCUGCCCCGUUGUCUGCCCCGCCGUCUGGACCGCUCCCUGGGCAACCAUCUGGCCCGCCUGCUCCGCCAGCCCAAACGUCCUGGAUCCUCCAGCUCCGCCAGCAACGCCAGCUCCAGCAGUCUGGGCCUGGAAGCGGAGGUGCUCCUCGUUAAAGCACCGGCGACGCCAAAUGGGAGAGACGCGACUUGUCCCCGGGCCUGCCUGCAUCAGCCGAAACGUCGCGUACAAAAUGUAGUAAGUAGUAGCCUCCAACUGCGCGCUCGAAGAAGGCGUGUAAUCCGCGACCGAAAAUCCGUAUGUGUGUCUGCCGCGUCCAAGUAGGUCCUCUCCCCAGGACAAUACCU